GGGGAAAUCGGUUGUUUUUCAGCAAACACUUGCAUCAAUAUCACAUGCCAAAUAAAAAAAUAAAAAAAUCCCGGAAAUACGAGUUCUUCCUUUCAACUUAAGGGCAUUUCCUCCACAAACUACAUGCACAUAAGCAGUCAACAACUAUACUUUACUGGAGUGCACCAUCAGCCAACAAGGAGGCCGCUGGCAAAGGAGGAAGCAGGGAUGCUGCCUGUCAGUAUACUCUUAGUUGUCGGCUGUUUGAUCGCCCCACUGCAUGGCGUCCCCCCCAUCUGGAGCCAACCAGAGCAGGUGCACGUCUCCUAUCCAGGAGUCCAUGGUUCCAUGGUGGUCACCUGGACCACCUUCAAUGAGACAGAGAGCGUGGUUGAAUACAACGAGUGGGGAGGCAAACUCUUCACGCUGGUGGCCAAGGGCAACGCCACUACUUUUGUGGACGGGGGUUCGGAGAAGAGGAGGCUGUUCAUUCACAGAGUCACCCUAUCCGGCCUGAAGCCUGGCUCUGCUUAUGUCUACCACUGUGGCAGCGAGGCUGGCUGGAGCGACAUUUUUUACUUCACCGCCCUGAAUGAAAGCCUGGAAUGGAGCCCCAGGUUCGCCCUCUUUGGUGACAUGGGCAACGAGAACCCACAGUCACUGGCCCGGCUGCAGAAGGAGACCCAGGUCGGGAUGUACGAUGUCAUCCUGCACAUCGGGGACUUUGCAUAUGACAUGGAUGAGGACAAUGCCCGGAUCGGGGACGAGUUCAUGAGGCAGGUGGAAUCCAUUGCUGCCUAUGUGCCAUACAUGACCUGCCCGGGGAACCAUGAAUACAGAUACAACUUCUCCAACUACAAGAACCGUUUUAGCAUGCCAGGGGACACGGAGGGUCUCUGGUACAGCUGGGACAUUGGGCCUGCUCAUAUAAUCUCAUUUUCCACGGAAGUCUACUUCUACCCGGAGUUUGGCAAGGAUUUAAUUUCCAAGCAGUAUGAAUGGCUUAAAAAAGACUUGGAGGAGGCCAGUAACCCAUCAAAGAGGCAGACGCGGCCUUGGAUUAUCACCAUGGGACACCGGCCUAUGUACUGCUCCAAUGCGGACAAGGACGACUGCACCAUGUUUGAGAGCAUUGUCAGACGGAGCCUUGAAGAUCUAUUCUACCUCUAUGGAGUGGACCUGGAACUUUGGGCACAUGAGCACACCUACGAAAGGCUUUGGCCAGUCUAUAAGUACAAGGUCUACAAUGGGAGUGCAGAGGAGCCAUAUGUGAACCCCAGAGCCCCGGUUCACAUCAUCACUGGCUCAGCUGGAUGCAGAGAGAAACACGACGGGUUCAUCCCCAAGCCCAGGGACUGGAGUGCUUUACGGAGUACUGACUAUGGCUACACCCGCAUGCAGGUGUUGAACUCCACCCAUCUGUACCUGGAGCAGGUCUCCGACGACCAGAAUGGUAAGGUGAUUGACACCAUGUGGCUGGUGAAGGAUCGGCAUGCAACGGCAGCCUGGGUCUGACAACACCAGUCAACAUAUGGGCGGGGACCAGCAGCAUUCAACCAAUCAAAUUCUUUUUUGGAGUAAAGUAUUUCAAGGUUCAAUUAACUUCUAAGUACAUUCUAAACUUUUUAGGGACACGAUAUGCAGUUAUAUGAUUACAGGGAUAUGACAGUUAUAAAACAGCUGUGAAUUUUUUAAUAAUGGAUGAAAGCCAAUUAUAAAAUACAUGUGUUUUGAACUGAAGAAAAGGGUGAUAUUUGGCUUUCAAAUGUUGUCAGAUCAGAUUUAUAUUGCUGAAUCUUUUAUUUUAUCUGUUGUUCUGGAGUUGGAAUGAAUCUGUCUAAAACCACAGGGAUUGCAUAAGCCUACAUAAGGUGAUUUAUGCAUUAUGGAUAAAUGCUAAAAACAUUUAUCAAAAGCACAAGGGAUUUUCACCCAAACCAGGAAGUUCUUAAGUGUGUCACAAAGAAAGUUUAAAUGCCGCUAAUCAUCUAUCAGGCUGUAAAAAGGCUAAAGCUGGCAGAAGAUGUAUUUAAUCUGUCAUUUUGCAGUGGAUGCUUUUUUAUUUAGUGUGAUUGUAUCUAAAAUGGCAGCAGGAAAGUCACGUGUAGCUUUGUGAACUUGCUUUUGUAAAUUUUGUUUUAUUUUGAUAAUUGUCUUAUUGCAAUUGCUGUCUUCUGGAUCUUGCAGAUUUUUUUUCAAUAAAAAUGAUCAUUCCAA